AUGCCUACCAAUACCUACACAGAGAAGCUGAUCAGGUUCAUCAAAGACAAGAACCAGGUGGCUGCAAGGGUCAGGAAAGAUUUUAACCACUGGCUUCAUGUUUCAACCUACGCUCUUGUCUUCGAGAUGGUCAAUUGCUUUCUCAGCCUGGUGUCUGUCUGUCUCUACAUCGUGCAGACGUAUUACGAUCCUUGGCAAGGAGAGCUGACAGAUGCUAAAAUCAAAAUUUUGAGUUCUUUGUCGAUAGCUGAGGUGUACAUUACUUUCUUCUUCUUGUUAGAUUACGCGAUUCGAUUCUAUGCGGCAGAAUCAAGAUUUGUGUUCGUCCGUUCGUUCACCAACGUCGUAGAUCUCAUCACUAUCAUCCCACCCCUUAUCACAUUCUCGUCAAACGCGGCGACUUCGGGCUACACCAAGAAUGACAUUAAUCGGAUCUCAAAGUUGAAUUUCCUUCGAGUCAUCAGAGUUUUGAAGAUCCUCAAGCUGCUCAAGUACGAAAGUGUCGCUCGUCUCUUAUGCUCUCUACAUGGUCUGAUCAACAGAAACAAGCCCAGCACAGGACAAGCUGAAGUGUCACGUGCGGUCUACACCAUCAUCCUCACUUCCAUCAGCCUCAUCUUCUGCUUCGCCGGUUUAUUUCAGGUGGUGGAGCUGUCCUUCCGUAGUCUGAACGAGUUGCUCGACAUCUGGGGGGUGACCUCCUUCAACUUCCAUGACUCGGUUUAUUUCACCAUCAUCACCGUCAGCACUGUGGGCUACGGAGACUAUUAUCCUACCACGAUCGUCGGGAAGUUUCUCGUCAUGUUCAUGAUCCUGGCAUCGCUUGCCACCAUCAGUGACCAGGUCAACCGGCUCAUGGCUCUCCUCUCCUUGAACUCUCCCUGGGCUCGUGCCUCCUUCCGCUCCUCCAAGCAUCCCCACGUUCUCCUCUGCGGCAACAUCACCGUCGCCUCCACGCAGGACUUCCUGCAGGAGUUCUUUCACGAGGAUCAUAAGAUGGGUGACCUGGAAGAGUUCAAGGUUGUCAUCAUGGGCAGCGGCGUCCCCUCCGCCGGCCUCCUCUGGCUCCUCCGCUCUCCCCUCUACGCCACCAAGACAGUCUACCUCGAAGGCUCCGUCCUCCUGGAGAACGACUUGUUCCGUGCUGACUCCGCCAGAUGCCGAGCUGCCUUCAUCCUCUGUGACAAGUUUGCGGACGAUGCGUACGCGGAGGACACGGCCAACAUCAUCCGAGCCAUCAGCAUUUCCAAGUUUGUCAGCCAGCAGACAGCAGGGAGUGAGAUCCCCAUAGUCGUACAGCUGCUGCGGCCGGACAACCGCCAUCACUUCAUGGCGUCCAUGUAUGGCAGCCACCAGAACCAGGUGAUCUGCAUGGACGAGAUCAAGAUGAACCUGCUAGGAAAGAACUGCCUCUGCCCGGGUUUUACUACCUUCAUCUGCAACCUCCUAGUGUCCUCCAGCUCAGACGUGGACGAGAGUAGCCUCGACUGGCAGAAGGAGUACAUACCCGGCUGCGGCAAGGAGAUGUACUGCACGAGGCUGAGCCGGAGCUUCGGAGGGAAACUCUUCUGUGAAGUCUCUUCCCUGCUCUAUCGGGAGCUCAAGUGUAUCCUGUUUGCCAUCGAGAUCAAAGACUGCUCCGGAUGCACCCGCGUCGUCCUCUUUCCUGCCCGCUACGUGAUCCCUCCCAACUCCACGCCCGUCGUGUUUCUCAUAGCGGACGACGCGGAGGACGCGGAGGCUGUGAGCUCCUACGGCAUCUUAGACGAGGACGAGGAGGAGGAGGAGGAGGAGGAAGGGCACGCACAGGCAGUCAACUACGCAGACGAGGACGCGCAGAUGGAGAGCACAGAGGAGAUGAUGAACAAGUUCCGCCAGCAGUAUCACUGCAGGGAGACGAGGACGAGCCUGGAGGAGGUGAAGCGAGACGCUCUAGAGGACAUGCAGGGCCAUGUCUUGAUCUGCGGCUCUCUGACGGCUCUCAAUCACUUCAUCGCCACCCUCCGCCCCAAGUUCCUCCCGGAGGAGACGCUCCUCAAGAUUGUUAUCCUCCAUCCCGAAGAGCCUUCGCCGCUCGCCUGGGCUGAGAUCUGCUUCUUCAAGGAUGUAUUCUUCGUCCAAGGGUCCCCCCUUGAGCCUGCUGACCUUGUUCGAGCUGGAGUGUUCGGGCUCAGCAAGGCAAUCAUCCUCUCUAGCUCAAGGAUGCGAUCGGACGAGGCCGAGUCGUCGUACCUGGUGGACGCAGACGCCAUUUUCAUCCAGCAAUGCAUCCAACGCGUCCGGCCAGAGGCUCAAAUAGUGUGCGAGCUUGUCAACAGCAGCAACAUCAGUUUCCUCUCCGAGGAAGAGCGCAAGCACAUCAACAGCACCGUCGUCCUCGACCCAGCCUCCUCGCCUCUCUUCGCCUCGGGCAAGGUCUACAUCAACUCUAUCCUCGACAAGCUCGCCUGCCAAGCCUUCUACAACCCCAACCUCGUCCGCAUCCUCCGCGCCCUUGUCGUCAACGCAGGCACCUUCGCUUCCUUCCCCGAGUCCAAUGUCCAUCCCUCCCAGCUUGCGCUCUUUCCCGUCCCCAAGGAAUUUCACGGCAAGAGCUACGUCCAGCUCUUUGAGUUCCUCGUCCUUCGCUGCAUGGCCCUCCCCCUCGGCGUCCACCGCAAGCGGCCAUGGAAGGGCUCCUCCCCCAUGCCCUACGUCAUCACCAACCCGGACGCCGACAUGAUCCUGCAGGUGGAGGACGCCAUCUACACGCUGCAGUCCCCGGAGAUGGACAGCCGCUCAAUCGGCUUCCUCGAGAUCGUCGUGGUCCGAGCGAGGAACCUCUCGCGCAAGCAGCACGCCAGCCCCUCCGGCUUCCUCUGCGAGGUGGAGGUCGGUCAGGUCAUCCAGCGGACGCGCCUCGUCCUGUCCGGCUCCCCCUACUGGAACCAGCGCAUGUCCUUCGCCGUGCAUGACGCGGGGGAGGAGGAGGUGACGAUCAAGAUUAUCGACGGAAAGUCGAACAGGGAGUUGGCAAGAGCUGGGCUGAAGCUGGAGGAAUACGUUGACCUCCCGGGGAGGACGAGCAAGAAGCUCGGGAGCUUGCAGCAUAUGGAGCGGUGGAUCGCGCUGGAGAAGAGGGAGGGCAGCAUGAGCAAAACAGCAGCCGUGUGCCUGCGACUGGGCUUCCAUGAGUCGAAGAUGCGAACUUUCUACGAUCAAAACAGCGAGCAGGAGGUUGUGAGCCCGCGAGGAUCAGAAAGAACAGCAGGAGCAGGAGCAGGAGCAGGAGCAGGAGCAGGAGCAGGAGCAGGAGCACGGCAUGUGGAGCCGCAGGAAAGCUGGUCUAGCCGUGACUUCAGCGAGGAGGAAACGAUUGGUCAGAGGAAGGAGGCAAGCUCGCAGGAGACGUCAGGCUCGUCGGUGGGGAGCAGCGACAGGCCAGUGAAGGCGGAGUUGGUCAUCUUCAGCAACACACUGCAGGAGAGGAAGGAGACGGAGCUGGUGAUGGAGCAGGAGCGGGUGAUCGAGCAUGCGGAGGUGGCGUCGGCUAACGGUCUCUCGACUGCUGUGCUCUUCAUCAAGCCGGGGGAGGGGAUAAGGAAGAAGAAGCUGAAGCCGCGGAGUGAGGUGUGGGCCAUGGAGAAAGACGUCAUGGACAGGAGGAGGGCAGGGGGGGUGGAGGGAGAAGGAGAGAGGACAGCACAAGACAGGACGUCGAGGGAGGCAAGUGGAACGAAUAGAAUCUCGCAGGGUAAAGAGAGAGGAGAGGGAGGAGGGAGAGGAGGAGGCGAGGCUGCCAGCCUCAUGAGAGGAGGGAGCAGAUGA